UCACCAGCCGCUCCAGCAGCUUUCUAUGCACAUUGUAUGAAGUCAACGUCAGUCAACCGCAUUUGCUGUCAACGAUUUCUGCACUUUAGAUUGUAGAAGAUUGUAUAUACAUUUGCAGGACUAGGCAACAGAGUCAUCGGACCAACUGGUGUGUGAUUGCUUGUCCAAAGCAGUGUAUGGCAAUGCGGCGGGUCACGGUGCCAUUGGUCGCCGGGCUGGUCGCGGCAGUGGUGUCGCUGCUGGCUGAACAGUGUUGGGCCAACAGUGGGGGCCCUAGUCUAGCUGAACGAGUUAUUUGGGCAGUAAAUGCUGGCGGGGAAGCGCACACGGACAUGCAUGGCAUUAAUUACAAGAAAGAUCCUUUGGAAGGAAAGGUUGGGAAAGCUUCAGAUUAUGGGUUACGAUUGCCCAUACUACGCUCGAGUCCAGAAGACCAGGUUCUCUAUCAGACAGAGCGCUACAAUGAGGAUACAUUUGGAUAUGAGGUGCCAAUAAGAGAGGAAGGGGACUAUAUACUUGUCAUGAAGUAUUCAGAGGUGUACUUUGCCCAGUCUCAACAGAAGGUAUUUGAUGUUCGUCUCAAUGGCCAUACGGUGGUGAAAGACCUGGAUAUAUUUGAGAGGGUGGGUCACAGUACAGCUCAUGACGAGAUAGUCUCCUUCUCCAUACACCGUGGAAAGUUGAGUGUUCAGGGGGGGGUGUCCACCUUCAAUGGCAAGCUCAAUGUGGAGUUUGUCAAGGGUUAUUAUGAUAACCCCAAGGUCUGUGCUCUCUACGUGAUGAAGGGCACAUUGGAGGAUGUACCAAAAUUGCAACCUCACCCUGGGCUGGGAAAACGUGAAGAGGAGGAGGAAGAGGAGGAAGAACCCGAGGGAGGAGAGGAGGGCGGUAAGAAGACUGCCUCAGCAGCUCCUAAGUACAGGGUCCAGUCAGGCCCCCGAACACCGAACCCAUAUGCUGCUGAUAACAGCAGCCUCAUGUUCCCUAUCCUGGUGGCGUUCGGGGUGUUUAUACCCACACUCUUCUGCCUUUGUCGACUGUGAGAACAUGAGAUGGAGGGGACAACAGGGGAGCCUGAUGGACAUGAGACUGUGAAGAUUGGGGAGGGGGUGGGGGGGCCGGGGCCGGGGUCAAAACGAUGGUAGACACAGGAAAAGGCACGCAGACAAGAAAGAACAGAAGAUCCAUGGGACGAAUCUUUGUGACAGAGGACAAAUGAGAGACAACUAAAAUGGAUUGCAGGGCAGACUGACUAUGGAAUGCCUUCCGCACUGAUUGAAAGUUUGCGUAGAGAGAAGACGAUGAAGAGUUCAUGUAUGUGUGUGUUUUACAUCUAGCACUCUGUUUGAACAUGUUAUAUUUUACCGAACACAAGACAUGAGUUUGGACUCCUCAACCUAGGACAGGAUUAAAACAGCAUCCCUGUGCUAAGGUUGAUGAGUAGUUAAUGAGCAACUGGCCACAGUCCCUACUCUACAAACACAUAUGGUUUGAUUUUUGUGCAUUUCAAUUUGAUUGGGUGUGGUUUAAUUGCAAAGAAAGAAAAGCUGCUAUUCUGAUGUACAGUAGAUGCACUCAGCAUUUGGUUGAAUAUUUUUCUGUAGGUGAUGACACCCCAAAAAUGAUAGAUUUUUCUCUUUUUUUAUGUAAAGGUUGGGAAUUCAUUUUGCUGGAGAAAGUUAUGUAAUGUAAGCUGUUGGUGGACAUGGGAUAAACAGUUGCCAAUUUGGUAGGAUAGUAUUCAGUUUUUUGCCCUCAGACAUUCUAGUAUUGUAGAAAGAUAAAUUGAUACAGAUACUAUGCCAUUAUAUCAGGAGUCAUUGAAAAUAAUAUGACUUGCUGAUGAUUUCAACAAUGACUUAUAUUUGCCUCACAGUCAUGUCUUUGCAUUUAUGGACUACUUACACUUUUAUUACAAGCUAAUUUAGCAUUCUCAGAAAUCUAUAUAAACAAUUUGCUUUAGAUAUUCAUUAGUACCUCAAUAGGAGAAUCCUAUGAUAUUCUCUCAUUUCAGUGGUAGAACAUGCGGCUAAAUAACAGGUUAAAGAGAUAUGAAAUCCUUUUAAGGACAUGCCCUCUAACUGUAAUGCCUGUGUUUCUUCGAGACACAAUAACGUAACCAGUAUUGGUGGAUUGGUACAAAUUCCUUAUCUGAAUCCUGACAUAAAUUAUCUUAGAGACAAACAUUAGUCUGCUGUCAUGUUAAUUGCCUUUUUGACUCACUACAACUGUGCAUGCCUUAUUUUAUUUCACCAAAGAGUGUUUUUGUUGCAUUUUAUUUCUUUACAAUACUUUGCCUACGUCACCAUUUAUAACACAUUGAUAUGCCUAUGUUUUUGCUGUAGUGAAUUUUCCUUUGAAGUCAGGCCAUUGGUGCUGUAGUGAAGAAAUAAUAGGUGAACAGGUGAGAGGAAAAAAAUCUAACAUUGUCAACCCACUCAGGUUUGUGUCAUGAGUAAAAACCAGAAAGGGCCCAAAUGUUUCUGUGUCAAAAGUAUUUCUGCUUGGAUGUGAAUCCGCAUUUUGAUCCCCAGCUGAUAAAAAAAUACAUAAAAACUUGGGACUUUUAAUUGUGUAUCUAUAUUUGCUAUGCACCAGUUUGUAGAAACUCCAAGGGCUUGUGCAAAAUGUGUUCAGUCCAGAAAUGUUAGUCUAGAUUUAGUUUAGGUUGGUGGUUUCGGCAGCCCUUCCUUAAUUUUUUAAUUGUUGUCUUAAAAGGUCAUUGAAAUUGACCUUUUUGUUUCCUCGUGGUAGGUCUGGAAGUCAGCAGUUUCAUGCUUGCGUUUAAUUUUGUGUCCCUUUACCUCUGUGUCAGUACUCCAGGAAUCUCUUCUCUAAGACCAAGGGGCAUGUCAAACCGGCCCUGUUCUACUAGCUCAUUAAACCAGUUCUACUGGUAUGUCUGAAACUCUACCAGUCCCUCUUCCUGUUUUACAGUUGUUGACAUGUAAAGGGUGAUUCAGGUUUGUGAAUCCCCUCUCACUCCCUAGGUGUUGCCCUCUUAGAUGCUGGUGGAAUGGACAAUACAGAAGUUAAGAUUCUUGCUGGUCAGUUUAUAGUUGUGUUUUGAUUUUUGUCAUUUUGUGAACAAUAAGUUAAAAUAUUUAAUCGCCAAAUAGAUGCACCUUUAUUCUUAAAAAAUAAUAAUAAUAAAAAAUAACGUAAUUCAUCACCAAAGUCCAAACAUAGUUUUUGGCGAAUCAGAAAUUUUACACAAUUGCGUGUGUAUAUAAGGUACACUGUCACGCUAAUUAUGUGGCAACGGUUAUUGUUCAUCAGAGUUUUGUUAUGAUUGUAAUUAUGAAAAUGUUAGGGUUUUUAAUUGUUUGCUGGUAUAAAGAAGACAUGUGGCCUUUCUGCUUGGGUUGAAUGGUUGUUGGUACACAGUAAAAUUAGAAGGACUUUAUGGGCAGCCAGGCAGACCCUGUCUGUCAAAAAGACAAAUGACAUGAGCUUGAGAAUAUGGAGUUUUUACAUUUUGUUUUUGUAUAAUUUAAAUACCAGAGUGGGGGCUAAUCUGGAGAUAUUUUGAAGAUAGAUGGAUUUAUGUCUUUAUUUUUCCUCAGGAUUUUGUUUUACCAUGAUGAUUUAUUGGUGUGACGUUUUGCACUCACUGGUUUAUUUGUUAACAGUAUAUUUUGGUCAUUUGUGUUUUGUGUUUUGAUUUUCCUUGUUGCCUUGAUUUUGAAUACAUUUGUGCUUUACCAUC